AUGGAUUAUAUGAACGAAACUGGUUAUCUUGUUGCCGCUCUGGUUACAAUCGGCUUAAUCUAUUAUCGUUUGAUCCUUCUUUCUGCCAUUCAAUGGUUAAUAUUUGAACGACAGCAACGAAAAGUGUCAACACAAACGAAUUUAAACGGUAAUGAAAAAUUACAACGCAUUGUACCGAUACUAGACAAAGAUCCGUCAACGUUAAAACCACCUGUCUAUCGUCCAUUUAAAAGUGGUCCAUUCAACUUGACAAUGGGUUUACAAUCAUUAAACACUGACGAAUGGAUUGAAAUUGAUUGUCAUUACAAAGAACAAAUGAAAUUAAAAGAUGAUUUUUUUACUAAACGUCCAGAUGAGACUGUUCUUUGGAAACCGAGUACAGAAAAUGGUAGUAGAGAAGCAUUAGAGAUGCUUGUCGAUUAUCUACCACAGCGAUUUCCAAAUAUGUUUCGAAAAACGAACGUUGGUAUUGAUAAUCUUAUCACUGGUGAAUCAUUUGAUUUAACAAAAAAUCUGAAAAUACAUCCAUUAGAAAUUGGUUCUCGUCUUGUUCAAGAAGAUCUGGUUCUCAUGCAGUAUGAGGCAAGCGAUGAAUUUUAUCAUUUGAAUGCUCAAGCUGUUUGUUUUCCUGCUGGAUGGGUACCAAAAGAAAAGUUUCUCUUACCAAUUUGGGCACUUCAUAUGCCAAAUGUACCAUUAUUCGAAGAGAAAUUGAAGUUUUCCGUUAAUAGAUUUUUUUCCAAACUUCAAGAAGAUAAACCUGUCAUUCGUCUAAACUGGUUUUUACAAACGGAUGAUAAAUUGUGGAAAGCAGAAAAUUUACACCGUCAAACGUCCGGUCAAGAUACGUCCAUUACGGCAGAAAAUGUUGGUGAAAAGAUGUAUUUACGUUGUGAACGUCAAACACUGAGACGCCUACCAAAGUCACAAGAUAUUCUGUUUACUAUUAAGACAUAUCUAACACCGAUGAGUGAAGUUGCGAGUGAUUCAGCAGUUGCCAAACGAUUUGCGACCUGUCUUAGAAAUCUUCCACAAUCAGUUGCAAAUUAUAAAUCAUUACCCGUGUUUGGAGAAGCUGUUCUAGGUUAUCUAGACUCAAUGUCUCAAAGUGAACAAAUUAAUGGUACAUGCGAAUAG